GAACCAAUACAACCCCCUCUGCUGUUCUAAGCUUGAUUUCUGUGACUGUCAAGCAGCAGGGCCAAUGCACCUCACUCCUGAUCUGCAGCCACUGCUAGCUUGUCAGUCCUUCCCCUCAGCCAGUAUUCAAAUCCUUUUUGCAUAUCCAUGGAGUGUCUCUGGGAAUGUAUAUACAAACCGAGAGGUGGGUGUAUGUAAGUGGCCCUGUAUGCGUGCUAGCAUAUCUCUGAGUGAGUUCUUACUUGCAAGGGGGUGUGAGCAUAUCCAGAGUUAAGACUCAUGGCAGCCCCAGGAAGAGGUGUGGGCCCCUUCCUCCUCCCACACAUUAUAUGACUUGCAUUAAUUUAGCCUCGUGGGGGCCCCUGUAGGCUCAGGUCCAGGCAAUUGCCCCAGAUGCUCACUCCUAAACCUGUUCUUAUGUGGAUGCCCCAUUCUGAAUAGGAAAGAAGAGUGACUUCGUUACUGGAUAUGUGAAUGAAAAUGUAGGCCAUGGAUAUGGGGACCUAUGAGUGUGGUAGGAAAAUGAAUAUGUAGGUGUGGGUGAGUAGAAGCACAGAGUGGGCACCACCUCUAGAAUUGGGAUGCCUGGGUGGGCAUAUAGGAGUGAGUGCAUGGGGCUAUGUGAGUGAGUAUGCCAGGGUGGAUGGGUCGAAGCAUAGGCUGGCUAUGAGGCUGGGGGAUGGAAUCAGGAUGUGGGUCAUGCUGUGUGCCUGGAUUAUCUACAGACACUUCUGUCACUGGACUGUCUGCUGUUGUUGAUUUGGAACUUGCCCCGUUCACUCUAACCUUGGCAUUGCCUGCUCUUUCCUUAUCAUCAUUGAUAAGUGGAGCAGCAACCUGCCUCCAGCUCUCUGUCUGACUGAAGGCUGCCACACCAAGGAGGUCCCAUCCACCACAGACCUCAAGACUGCACUGAACUCAUUGACGUGGGCAGGCACAAUCGCCAUUUGUAUGGCAAUGGCAAGAGGAGCUGAAGGGAAAGCGACAGAUUUAUUUCUAAUUUAGCCUUUAUCUGCCAAGUCCACCUCUUGCAUUGCCCUGGGCUUUUCACAGGACAGCUUUAACCCUGAGGGAUCUAUCUGAGACGUUGCUUGGGACUUCUCUAUUCCUUUUUUUCGAAGAGGGGUUCAGCUGAAGAGAUAUUCGUUCCAUUCAGGCUUUGGGUGGCCAUCUGCCUCUGGUCAAGGAUCUGAGCUCGGGAGGAUGCUACGCCAACUGCAGACUUUGUUUCAAAGGAAGUUCAAAAUUCUCCUUUUCCUCCUCUUUCUCUUGGCUCUCCUGAUGCACAUGGCACUGGACUUAGCACUGCCCACCAUUCACAGCUCCUGUGGCUGUGCCCAGAAAUCUGCCAGUCCCUCUGGCCCAUUCCUGCCAGGCCCAAGGAAGAUGAGUCUACGGAUCCUCCAGGAUUUUAGUGGCAGCAACGGCUCCUUGGAGAAGGGUUCCCACUUGCUGGAGGCACGCCCAGUAGUGGGCACUAGGAGCAAGACAGUGCAUGGAGACCAGGACUUCAAGCCCCAAUGGGGAGGGGUGAAGCCGGUGUGGGCAGGAGGGUCAAAACUAGCAGCGCUCUUUAAGCAUCCCCUUUAUAGGAUCCCGAUUCCAGAGGUGUUGGAGAAAGACAAACUGUUCACUGUCAAUCCCAAAGAGAAGUUCACCCUGAGAGACAGCGGGAGUGAUGAAUGGGUCAGCAGCAGUAAAGCAGAGAUGGUGCUUCCGACAGGGAAGACCCCAUACGACACCUACCCCACCUGGCUCAAGUUCCAUAUCAGCAUCAAUCGUUACGAGCUAUACCCCCACCAGGACCCCAUCACCCACACCCUGUUGGAGGAGCUGGCCACGCAGAAAAUCAUUGGCUCAGUCCAGAAACCUGGAGGGACCCAGCUGAAACUAAUCAUGACGUUCCCAAACUAUGGGCAGGCGCUCUUCAAACCCAUGAAGCAAACCCGGGACCAGGAGACCCCAGCAGAUUUUUUUUACUUCUCAGACUUUGAACGGCACAAUGCAGAAAUAUCAGCCUUCCACCUGGACCGGAUCCUGGAUUUCCGGAGAAUCCCCCCCGUUUCUGGCCGCUUGGUGAAUAUAAGCAAUGAAGUUCGUGACAUCACAACUGACAAGAAGCUGGCUAAAACUUUCUUCAUCUCUCCAGCUGGCAACGUCUGCUUCUAUGGUGAGUGCUCUUACUAUUGCUCCACGGAACAUGCCCUGUGUGGCAAACCUGACCAGCUCGAGGGCUCCAUGGCAGCCUUGCUGCCCGACAAGUCCCUGGCCAAACGUCACUCCUGGCGCAGCCCCUGGAGGCGUUCUUACCACAAGAGCAAGAAAGCUGAGUGGGAGCUGAACCAGAAUUAUUGCACCCAAGUGCGGGAGACGCCACCCUAUGACAGAGGCUCCCGCCUGCUUGACCUCAUUGACAUGACUGUGCUCGACUUUCUAAUGGGUAACAUGGAUCGGCAUCACUAUGAGACCUUUGAGAAGUUUGGUAACGACACCUUCCUGCUGCACCUGGACAACGGGCGAGGAUUUGGAAGACAUUCUCAUGAUGAAAUGUCCAUCUUGGCCCCUCUCCAGCAGUGCUGCAGUAUAAAGAAAUCAACAUACUUGCGCCUGCAGCUGCUGGCUACGGAAGCCUAUCGCCUCAGCGAUGUCAUGCGGGAGUCACUGGCCUCCGACCGCCUCUCCCCAAUCCUAUCAGAGCCUCACUUGGAGGCACUGGACCGGCGCCUCCAGAAGGUGUUAGACACGGUGAGGGAGUGUAUGGUGAAGGAAAGCCACAAGGAGGUGCUGGUGGAUGACAUGGGGAAUCGUAAACACAGGAUACAGCGGCACAAAGAGGAGAGGCGAGCACAAGUGUGACAGGGAUGGUUAGGCACCCCCUUGCCUCUACACUACUCCCCAAGGCUGCCUCUGCCAUCAGGAUUCUCGCUAAAUGGCAGGCAAGACUGGUGCCCAACCCAAAAGCCCUUGUUGAUUGUCUAUAGCAGGGGUGUAGCCCCUGUGUCCCAAACCCACCCCAAAAGCAAGAAUGAUUUUGGGGUUCAGAGUGUCUCACGCACCGUUAUUUGUCCCCAGUUUGGUUUAACUACCUUUCAGUCUCUCUCAAAAGCUAAUGAUAAGCUGCAUUUAUUUGUAUCACUUUUAUCACUGUGUGGAACAUGCUCUUCUAUAGGUA